AUGGGGAUAUCGCAAACAAUGGAUGCUCUCCGGCAAAGAGCAGCGUUCGUCAAAGACUCGCUGCACAAGAGCCAAACCAUCACCGAUAACAUGGUCUCCAUUCUCGGUUCCUUCGAUCACCGCCUCUCCGCUCUCGAAACCGCAAUGCGUCCUACUCAGAUAAAAACGCAUUCGAUUCGAAGUGCACAUGAUAAUAUUGACAAGACUCUAAAAGUAGCAGAGGUGAUUUUGGCGCAAUUCGACCAGACCCGAAAGGCUGAGGCUAAAAUACUGCGAGGGCCACAUGAGGAUCUAGAAAGCUAUUUAGAAGCAAUUGAUCAGCUGAGAGCAAAUGUUCGUUUCUUCAGCAGCAAAACGAGUUUCAAAAGUAGUGAGAGUAUUGUCAACCAUGCCAACAGCUUGCUUACCAAAGCUAUCUCAAAGCUAGAAGACGAGUUCAGACAUCUUUUGACAAACUACAGCAAGCCAGUGGAACCUGAUCGCCUUUUUGAAUGCUUACCAAACUCUCUACGGCCAUCUGGGCAAAAUGAUGGUGGUGGCAAAAAUCAUACUGAAAAACAAAAAAUGGAAACUGUCACUUUCACACUUCCCACCCUCAUUCCACCCAGAGUUAUACCUUUGCUACAUGAUUUAGCACACCAGAUGGUUCAAGCUGGCCAUCAACAACAGCUCUUUCGAAUCUACAGAGACACCCGUGCUGCAGUCCUGGAACAGAGUCUUAGGAAGUUAGGUGUAGAGAGGCUAAGUAAGGAUGAUGUUCAAAAAAUGCAGUGGGAGGUUCUGGAGGCUAAGAUUGGGAAUUGGAUUCAUUACAUGAGGAUAGCUGUCAAAUUGUUGAUUUCUGGGGAGAAGAAAAUAUGUGAUCAAAUAUUUGAUGGUGUGGACUCUUUGAAAAGUCAAUGUUUUGCUGAAGUCACUGCCAGUAGUGUGGCUAUGCUUCUUAGUUUUGGAGAGGCUAUUGCCAAAAGCAAAAGGUCACCGGAAAAACUAUUUGUUCUUCUAGACAUGUAUGAGAUAAUGAGAGAACUUCAACCAGAGAUUGAGAGAAUUUUUGAAAGUAAAGCUUGCACUGAAAUGCGGGAAGCUGCAAUGAAUUUAGCAAAGAGACUAGCUCAGACAGCCCAAGAAACCUUUGCUGACUUUGAGGAAGCAGUUGAAAAAGAUGCCACCAAAACUGCUGUAAUGGAUGGAACUGUCCACCCUCUCACUAGCUAUGUGAUCAAUUACGUGAAGUUUCUUUAUGAUUACCAAUCCACUCUGAAACAACUGUUUCAAGAGUUUGAUCCCAGUGAUCCAGAAGCACAAUUAGCAGCCGUUACGACAAGAAUUAUGCAGGCUCUCCAGAAUAACCUGGAUGGAAAAUCAAAACAAUAUAAGGAUCCAGCGUUGACCCAGUUGUUUCUUAUGAACAAUAUCCAUUAUAUUGUGAGAUCUGUGAGAAGGUCAGAGGCAAAGGACAUGUUGGGGGAUGACUGGGUGCAAAUACAUAGACGAAUUGUACAGCAGCAUGCAAAUCAGUAUAAAAGGAUCUCUUGGGCAAAGAUUUUGCAGUGCCUCACUGUUCAAGGAGCAAAUUCUUCUGGUGGAGGGGACAGCACCAGUGGAGUCUCAAGAGCAGCGAUUAAAGAUAGGUUCAAGACCUUUAACACUCAAAUUGAGGAGCUUCAUCAGAGACAAUCUCAGUGGACUGUUCCGGAUAGUGAGUUGCGUGAAUCUCUUAGAUUGGCUGUUGCUGAAGUCCUGUUGCCUGCCUACAGAUCUUUCCUUAAACGUUUUGGGCCCAUGAUUGAGAAUGGAAAAAAUCCUCAGAAGUACAUCAGAUACUCUCCCGAGAAUCUUGAGCAAAUGGUGGGGGAAUUUUUCGAGAGCAAGACGUGGGGUGAACAGAAGCGGUGA